AUGAAAAUACUAGAAUCGCAACAAUCAGAUUUAAAGAAGAAUAUUAAGGAAGUGCUUGAGUGGAAAACUUUAGAAGAAAUAACUGAUUUAAUCAACAGUUUUAAAACUGAAGCAAGGAACUGGCAGGAGCACUUGAAAUCUAUGGAGAUUGAACUUCAGCAGAUAUCUAGGGAUGAGGAGCGAGUAUUGGAAGAAACAAGCCAAGAGCAGAUGACUCUUGGAAAACUUCAGAAAGAGGAAGAAGAUCAUAAUACUCGAAUAGAUGCACGCAAUAAGAAUCUACAGAGAUUGGCAGAAACAUUUCAAAUAAGAGUAAAAGAAGAUACAUUUUCUUCAGAAGUUCUUGUCUCAAAUUUAAUGCAUCAAGUCGACGAUAAAAUAAGAGAGUCAAAGGUACAGUUUGAGCAGUUACGGAACAGGUUUCAAAGAGAAGAGCAGGAACUCCAAAGUAAAAUAGACAUUGCUAGAGACACUAAAGCAAAGCUAGAGCAGGAAAUCACCUCAAAAAAACGACAAGCAGAAGAUAAUAAAGCUGAAGAAUGGAGUGUCAAAACAGAAAUUGAAGAUAUAGAGAAAUCUGGUGAAGAACUUGUCAAAUUAGGAAGAGAACUGGAGCAAGCAAAAACUAACUGGGAAACUGCUUGUCAAGAACUUGAUGAAGAACAGCUGAAAAAAGAAAUUAGAGAUCAGCACCAAGAGAGCAACAGGCUGGAUGAUAAGCUAGUUAUUGUGGAUAAAGAAGUUCAGACAUUGCAGCUGUUGAGUAGUGAGCAGGCACAGCUUGAUAUCCAGAACAAACUGAAGGCAUCUAAGGAGUCCGAACUCAAAAAACUAAAGAACAAACACAAUGAAGCACUGCGCCACCUUUUGUUUACAGUGCCACAACAAAAUUUGAAACAUGACUUGGAUGCUUGCAUGCUUCAACUGACUCGUCAGAUCAACAACAUCAAUGAGAAGAUAAAUAGUAAGCAGAAUGAGGCGGCUGCACUUGAAGUGAAACGAGCCCAUCACAAGGAGCAGUUGGAUUUGAAAGAAAGAGAGCUGCGAAAAUUUGAAGAAGAAAUAUAUGAUUUGUGUGGCAGGCAAGAUUUUGAUGAGUACAUACAAAGUGUUUCUGAUAGAAUACAAGAACUGCAGGACCAAAAAGGAACGCUCAGUGCUUCGGAAUACAUGUUCCGUCGCUACAUUCAGAAACUGGAACAGGAAGAUCCUUGCUGUCCAUUGUGUCAUAGGGAGUUUGAAGCCGCUUCUGAAGCUGCUGAACUUGCAUAUGAACUGAGUAAUAAAGUCAGUGAAGUCCCAGCACGCCUUCAGGACAAUAAGAAAGAACUAGAAAAUAAGCUAAAGGAAUAUGAUAAACUUUUGCAAAUGAAACCUGCUUAUGAAAGAACUGAUAUCAUGCGCACCAAGGAGAUACCAGAAAUGAAAGAGUCACUUCAUCAAACAGAAGAGGCUUUAGAUGCAGCUCGGAAACAGAUUAAAGAUUUGAAGGAGCAGUUACUGGGUCCAAAAGCAAAGGAGCAGAUGGCAAAGGAUAUCCAAGGAGAUGUAGUCCGCAUUGAUCAGUUGCAGACAGAACUGCGCCGCAUAGACAAAGAAAUUCAGGAGCUGCAGUCUAAGAUGCCCACAGGAUCGUCACGCUCCAUGGAGGAAGCCCUGGCAGAGCAGGAGGAGCUUCGAGCACAAGUCAGUGCUAUUCAGCGUGCACUCCACAUGAAGCAGGAGUCACUGAGAAGGCAUUCAGAGAGAGUCAACCAGCUGAGGGAGCGCAAAAAUGUACUUAUGGAAAAGAAAUUGAAGCUCGAAAGUGGACAGCAGAAACGUCGACAACUGGAGGAACGUUUGCAGGAGUUGCAAAGUAUGCAUGUGAUGAUACAGUCAGAAAUUGAGGUGCUCGAGACCCGACUUCAAGAAGCUAGAGAGACACUUGAUUCUGCAGUGCAGUCAAAAAAUAUUAGAGUUACAGAAAAUCGAAAAAAUGUAGAUCAGGGACAAAAUAAGAUUGUUGAGCAAGGAAGGAAACAUGAUGAAAUUUGUAAUUGGCAUAAUAGCAUUCAACGGUAUGAACAGAGCGGCAUGAAAGAGAAACUUACGUCAGUUCAAGAAAGAUUGAUAGAACUGGACUCUAAAAAGGAGACCCUUGCAGAUAAAAACAGAAGAACGUGUGAAAACAUUGAUAAGCUUAAAGAAAAAAUUUCAAAUCAGCAGCUGAAAGCAAGAGAACUUGAAGAUAACAAAAUAUUGAAGGAGAAACAGGUAGAAGCUGAAGAACUGAAGAGUGUAAUAGAUAAAGUAAAACAGCGCCUUGGUAAGUUCCAAGUGAAAACCAUUGAAGAAGAGAAAAGUCGUCUCUGCAGAGAAAUUUCAGCUGUCAAAGAGGAGAAAUCAAUUUCAGAAGGACGAUUUAAGGAAUUAAGAGAUAGUGUGAAUACUCUGCGACGAGAUCUAAAUAAGGACAUAUAUAAAAAUGCAGAAAAAAAAUACAAUGAUCUGCAGCGACGAAUUAAGGUAAACCAGCUAGCAUCAGCUGAUCUGAACAAAUACUUUGUCGCUUUGGAUUGGUCACUCAUUUACUUUCAUCAGGAGCGCAUGAGGAAGAUUAAUACGAUUAUAAGAGAACUGUGGCGAAAAAUCUAUCGUGGGAAUGAUAUUGAUUAUAUAGAAAUUAAAACAGAUGCUCCUGAAACCACGAGUGCAGACAAGAAGCGAACAUUCAACUAUCGGGUUGUUCAGGUGAAGAAUGAUGUUGAGAUUGAUAUGAAGGGACGCUGCAGUGCUGGGCAGAAGGUUCUAGCGUCGCUUGUUAUCCGAAUUGCUUUGGCAGAAAUUCUAAGUAUUAAUUGUGGAAUCUUAGCUCUGGAUGAACCAACCACAAAUUUGGAUAGGGAGAACAUAGACAGUCUUGGAGAAACUCUCACAGACCUUAUAAAUUUAAGGAGGGAGAACAAGAAUUUUCAGCUCAUACUGAUAACACACGAUGAAGACUUCUUGGAUCGUUUGAUGAAUGUUGAAAAACUGAAGUACUAUUACAGGGUCACAAGAAAUGCAAAGGGAAACUCGGUCAUUGAAAAGUAUCGUUUUGAAGAAAGGAGCACCCAACAUAGAAACUUUAACUAA